AUGCCAUACAGUUCAGAUACAUCACAAUUUGGAACACUGAAAACAUAUGGGAAGUCUAGAUAUACCCAAGUGUAUGGACAAAAUGAUGAUUUUGAUAAAUUCUUUGGUAUUGAAGAUGUUUUAAAAACAACCUUUAUUUCUCCUGAACAAACUGAUUCAACUAAAAGGUUCAAAAAUGUAAAAAAUCCAGGAAAUAAAGUCAACACUUAUUCAGAAUGGUGGCCAUCAAAAAAUUGUUCAACUGUAAAAAAAAAGUAACUUAUUUAUAUAAUUAUAUAUUAUACAAUAAUACAUAUAAAAUCUGUAGGUAUUAUAAUAUUAUAGUAUAAUUUUAAUUUUAAAAAAAAAUGUAAAUAUUUUACUUGAUUAAUAAAUAUUUAUGUGAAGGUAUAUAAUUUAUUAUAAAUAUUGUAGUCCUAAUAUAUUUUUGAAAAUCACAACUGUCAUUUGUUUUCUGAUUUAUUUUUUAACUUAAAGCAAUUUCUGCCCACACCAAUUAAACCAGACAAGACAAAAUCAUAAUCACAGUAUUUUUAAAGACAAAUUAUUUUCAAUAUUUAUCAGUUUCAAAUUAGACAACAAAACCUAGACAACUUGGUUAGAUAUUUGGCAACCAAUAUAUAUAAACAAUAGACCAUUUUUAUACCUGCGAUCUAUUAUUUAGAACAUUAGAAAUUAUAUAAUCAUUUAACCCUAAUUAUAGGGUGAUUCACUAAGCUUGAUCUUUUAUUUUUAUUUUUUUCUUAAAUUUUGUACAUUUUCAAAUACUUAGAUUUUUCUGAAUAUUUUUGGAAUAUCCUGUGACGAUACCAACUUUAAUAUUUUAAAUGAAAACGUAUAUUAAAAAUUCUAUAAACAGGUGAAGUAUUACUUUAAAUAAAUUUUGACACCAAAAUUAUCCAUAUCACAUCAUUUUAUAGUUCAAAACAGAUCACAGUUAUUAUUAAGUGUUUACAGUCUAAUUUGACCAUAGAGCCGUGUGAAAAACUUGUCAUCAACGACGUUGCAUAUCCUAGUUAGUACCUUAGUACCUUACAUACCUUAGUUUGUAGUUAACUCCAAAAAAUUGUAAGACAGUUGUCUCAUUGUAUAGAUAAAAAAUUGUCCUAGGAUGAUAAUGGGAACGGGUGCAACCACUGUUAUAGGAAAUUUAAUGUUUAUCUGUAAACCAUUAUUAACCAUUGCUAAUGCAAAGACGAUUCCAAGCGAAAUUAGGUUGAUAGUGUUGUUUUGUCAACAAUAUAUAUGUCAUAUUAUGGUAAAAUAAUUACAUAUGCAUUAAACAUUUUCUAUAAUAAUAUUUUUUAUUAUUGUAUUUAUUUUUCCAUUUUUCUUAUUUGUUGGGAAAACUCCUAUGAAAAUCGAAAAAUGACCACUCUAAAGUACCUCCCCCAUCAGAUUUUCUUUCAAAAAAACUGCUACAGUGCUACAUUUGUAAAUCGGAGCAAGACUUCUAGUAGAAAAAUUAUUCACAAAUAAAAAAAAAAACUAUGUAUUUAACCAAUACCUACAUUUCUUGUUCCACUCAGAAUCUAAAAUUAGUUAUAACGAUCAACCAUAAUAUAAGAUAGCACCUUAUAUUGUAGGAUCAUCUCUCAAUGCAAAUAAAUCACUUUAUAAGGAAAAAUUAUAAGUUAUUGUAGUUUAUGGAAUUUUGUAUAUAAUCCUUUAAUUUGACUUUAACAAAUAUUAUUGGGUUUUUUAAAUUUCACACUUGCAUUAAAAUAUUGUUAAAUUAUUUAAAUGUACUAUUAAAUUCUAAUUUCUACUAUCACAAAAGUAAUGACGUAUCGAGGAACCGCCAUAGAUAAAUAGAUUGUGUAAUGCAAAUCAACAUAGGAUUUAAGGGAGAGGAAGACUGAAAAUGUGGUUAGAUGAAAUUGAAAAUAAUAUGACAACAAUUGAUGUAUGCAAAUUGUGAGGUAAGAGAUCAGGUAAAGUGAAAGCUUAGGAUGAGAAUAGUUGGAAUGAAGGCAAAGGAGAAAAAGUUUAUGUUUUAAUAAUUUAAUCACCAUCUAUCAGUAGUUUAAUUUUACCCAAUAAAUGAGUCAGUAAGUAUGUUCUAUUCUAUGAAUCACUAUCUUAAUCCUGUUUACAGAAAAUUGUUUGUUUCAAAGCGAGUGAGCAAGAAUAUUAGGUGGUUAAUGUUUUGUGCCAAUAUUAUAUCUGUCCAUAAAAUGUAAAAUUAUAUUUAGUGUACCUACUUAAUUUUAAUGUAUGUUUUCUUUUGUUUUUUCUUUAAUAUCUUAUAAUCUUAAAAUUAUUAUGUAUAUUGUAUGUUUAAACAAGGGCUACGCCCCUUAAAUUUAAGAAUAAAUAAAUAUUAUUACCCCUUAAUUAGGACAUACUAUUAGCAAAAUCCAUUUUCAUUUUUUCUCAAUGUAUGCUAUCACAAAAUAGUGUUUUUUAACACAGCAUUAUAUUUAUAAUUAAUAUAAUAAUUUUAAAGUUUAUAUAUUUGGUUUCAGAAAUUAUGGAAUUAGUUUUAAUAAGAAAAUCAAAAAAUCAAACUAUUCAAAUAUCGCUGGCAACUCAAAAGGUAUAAAUUAAGAUAAAUUUUAAGGAUUAUAUUUGAUUUCUAAAUUAUAAUUUAUAUUUUAUCUAGAUUAAUAUUUCUUUUACAUCAAUACUGUUGGUGCUGCUCAAAUUUUAAUUUUAUUGCUAGUUUAUGAAAUAUAUUAAGAAUUUUGUUUAUAAUAUUUUCUCUGUAAUUCAUCUAAACUUUUUCUUGAAUUAUUAUUUAGACAUCUUUAUAGUUAUGUCUAUAAUAGCUAAUUUAUAAGACCUAUUAUUUCUAAAAGGGUGCUAUUCAAGUAUAGAUAAAUCUAACUUCAUAUAAAUAAAGCUGAUGCGCAUUGCUUGGUCCAUUUUGGACUACCAUGGGUGUAAUAUUACCCCUACCCACAGAGAAAAUAACUAUAAUACAUUAGUUUAACAACUCAAAAAGAUGACUUUUGUUUUAUAUUUCUAAAAACUGUUUUCAUAGAAAAAAGAUACCAAUUUUUUGUAUUUUUAAUUAACAGUAUGAUAUUCAGGGAUGAAAUUCCUAAAUCAUACUAUUAACUAAUGCUUUAACUAUAUUUAAUCCUAUGUUAUUUAUGCCUAAUAAAUAAAAUGUAAAUAAAUAUUUAAAAUAAUAUUUUAUUUUUAACAGGUUCUCCAAUCUCAAUAAAAAAAAGCAAGAAACCAUAUAACUUUCCCAAAAAAGUUGUAUGUUCUACACCUUUACAAAGAGCUUCGCCAUUCAUCUACACAAAUAAAUUUAAUAUUGCCAGUAUUUCUUCUAAAAAGAAAAAAAUUAAAUAUGGAAGAAAAAAAAAUUUAGGAAACAUCUUUAAUUCUUCAUAUUAUUCUUUAGAAGUUAUUAGUUCAUCAGAUGAUACAUAUUCAAGUGAUCCUAAUUUGUCACCAAUGACAAAUAAUAAACAUAGAUUAAUUGAUAAAUCCGUUCAAUUAUCAGGAUCUCAUCAUCUACAACCACCUAACAAAGAAUUUAUUUUAAACAACAAAUAUAUUACAAAUGCAACUAGUGGUUAUGAUGAGCUUGAAACCGAAAAAUAUUAUAAACCAAAUUUAAAUAAACCUGAUAAAUCAAAAUCGAGUAAAAAGAAAAAAAGGAGUACUUCAAAAGAAAAAACGUUUAAAUGGUGUAUAAAUACUAUGGAUAUUUUGCAUAAAAAAAUUCCCAGCACUUUUGAAGAAUUGUCUAACACAAGCUAUAGCAUUGAAGAAAUUACAAAUUUGGAGAAGAGUUUAAUGAAUCAGAAUUGUGAAUCACUUACAGUUUUUCAUGAAACUAAGAAUUAUAUUAAACAGAAUAAUCCACCAGCAUUUCCUGAUUUAAUAAGUAGAGAAUCAUUACAAUCUAUAAAAACCACAAGUGUAAGUUCACCUGGAGAAGAUUACUUUAGUGCAACAGAUGAAGCCAUUAAGUGUCCUCAAACAUACAUUGCAAAUGAAUCUAAAUUGUCUAACAAUUCUUUAUAUGUUUCUUGCCAUCAGCUUGUAGAAAACCACGGAUCUCUAAAGUCUGCUUCUAUCAUUGACUUCAAUGUUUCUGAAGAUGAUCAAAUAUCUAUUGAUAAAUCAAAAAAUGUCAACCACAAAUUAUCUGAAUUGGCUUGUGACAAUUAUACAUGUACAAUAGAAAAUGUUGAAUCUUUUGCAUUGAAUAAAUCAUGUUUUAACCAAGAUAAUACUAAUAAGUCAUCUGAAAAUGCCUUUAAUAUUGAAUCAACAAAUGAUAUUGUUCUAAGCAUGAUUAAUAAGUCAAAUGGGUCUGUUGUUUUUAAUGAAAAUUCAUUUGAAUCAGUUGAAAACAUUAAUCUUAGUUCUGAUAAAAUUGUUCCUUCAGCAUCUGAUUUGUUUGUUUUAUCAAAUAUAACAAACAUGUUGUCUGAUAUAACAAUUGAUCAAAGUGCUAAUAUGUAUAAACAAAAUCCUAUGGAUUCAAAGGAAAACACCAUUUUGAUGGCAACCUCUAGUAAACAUUUUUUCAAAAAUAAUAGUUUAAAACAUAACAAUAUACAUGCUAAAUCAAAUAUAUCAUAUAACAAUAAAAAUAUAUUAAAUCAAUCAUUGCAUACACCAUUUGAAUUGUGUGAAUAUUUAGAUAAUACUGUUGUUUGUCAUUCUGAUUUUUCAAAAUUGAAUGUUAAUAUGAAAAAUGAAUCAAUUAAUUCUAAUAAUAGUUUUAUUGUUACCAAUAAUGCUUCUUUUGAUUUUGAUAAUAUAUCUACUAUAAAUUACAAAGAAGAUACUAUGUAUGGAGACCAUACAAAUGUUUCCUAUGACGUAUCUGAUGAGUUACAAUCUAUAACUUGCAAUGUAUCUAAAAACAGAAAAAAAAGAUAUGCUUCACGAUUCAAUAUUUGUGUUAAUGAUAUUAUUGAAAACCCGACUGAUGAUAAUCAAAUUAAGGAACAAAACCCACCAUUACUCUUAGAACCAGGUAAAAAGUGGCGAAGAUCAAUGAUAGGUAUACUGAAAAAACAAUCUAUAGGUAAUACUUCCAAAAAUUCAACUUAUUUUGGGUUUUUUAAAAUACAUUUUAUAAUUUACAGAUUCCAAUUUCCAUCAAAGUAUUUUAGAUAGAAGUAAUAUUUUUAAAAAUUCUAUUUGUCGCUCGAGCCAUUCAUUGAACAAUUCUUCCGGUAAUUAAAAAUUUAUUUUAAUACGUAUCACAAAAUGUAUGUACCUAUUUAUAUUCAUGAUUAUACACUUACUCCCAGAAAGUUUUUUUUUAUAUGUCAUUGAUUGACUAUUAAUAGCACAUAUUAUGAUAAAAAUAAUUUAAUUUCUUUAGGUUCGGAAAAUGAAAUUGCCAAAAACUACAUUUUCAGUAUGUGCAAUCAACAAAAACCAGUUUCUUUUGAGUCGUGGUUAAGACCAAAGUAUAUAUUAUUAUUAUUAUUAAUAUUAUUUGUAUAAUGAUAAUAAUUUAUUUUCAGGCUUAAAAGAAAAUGGAAAAAGGUAGGUGAAGGUUUAUAUUCAGAAGCAUUUAACUAUGCAAUGGCAAGGACUAAUACAGUAGUCAAAAUCAUUCCUGUAGAAGGUGAUAUCAAUAUAAAUAAUGAGAGACAGAAAAUGCUAUUUGAAAUAUCCAGCGAAUUAUUAAUUGCGACAGCACUUACUGAGCUCUCUAGUAGAAAUAAUUGGAAUAAAACUCAUUCAUUUUGUAAACUAAAAAAUCUUUCUUGUGUUCAAGGGAAAUACCCUGAACUUUUAAUUAAUCUCUGGACCCAGUAUGCAGAUGAUAAAGGUAAAAUUUUGAAAUGUAGUUAAAAAUGUAUUGCUAAUAAUUGUCAAUAUAAUAUUAUAUAUUAUUAUACUUUUAUUUAAUAUGCCAUUUUCUAAAUACAUAAAAUAUGCUUGUUUAAAUGUAUUAUUUUAUAGGUACAGAUAACGACAAUCCCAGCAUUCUUCCUGAAGAUCAAAUCUUUAUCAUAUUAGAAAUGGAAGAUGGUGGCACAAAUAUGGAAGACUUUAUAUUCGAAUCAGCCACGCAAGCAUUAUUUGGAUUUAUCCAAGUAUGUACUUAAUAAAUACAUGCAAGUAAAGUAACAAUUUUAUAUUGUAUGCAGAAACAGUUUCAAAUUUUUCUUGUUUAAAUUAAAUACACCAAAAUAGAACUGAUUCUUCUGAUGGAUGUAGCACUUUUGUAGAUGAGAAGUUGGGAGCAGAACACAACUUUUGGCAAGGGAGUACCUCAACUAAUAUAUCGUACAUUUUUAGUAUACCUCUUUUCAUUGUUUUAUGUGUAUUGCAUUUAAUGGAUGUACUGUGACAGUCUCGCACUGGUUAGGUUGAGUUCAACCAUUGUAGGAAACUAUUUUUAUUUUUAUUUUUUUUUUUUUUUGUCAAUUUCAACACUGGUUGGGAAAGUAGUAUGUACGUAUUAAUUUAAUUUAUAUCUUUACACAAUGAUAUAUCAUUUUAUCAGAACAAAUUACGAUUCUGAUUGAAGUUCUAUUAAAUAUAUUUUUAAUUACCAGUAUUUGUUUUUCUCCCCAAAUACAACUUGUGAUAAAAUUUAAACAUUUCAAAUAACUAUAAUAUUUAAAAAUAUAAGCAAUAUAUGUUUAAAAUUUACCUUCUCUAAAAAGUUCUGAUAUUAUUAUUCUGUGGAAAUUUCAAGUUUCUGCAAUUAUUUUAAAUAUUAUUACUAAAUUUUUCGUACAUUUUUUUCAUAGUUUUUCACUAUUGUUAAAAUGAAUUACACGUGAUAUCAAAAAAUAUCUUUAAUAAUACACAGGGAGCUUGAAUAUAGUCCAGCAAUUCAUUAAUUUACCAAAUGUUUAUCAUACUACUUAUCAUUACUGAUAAUUUAUCAGUUUUGUAUUGUUUUUAAAUUUAAAAUAUUGAAUUUAUUCAUUAUAUAUUUUCAGUUAGUUUUUGGAUUAGCUGUAGCAGAACACCAUUUGAAUUUUGAACACAGGGAUCUCCAUACAGGCAAUAUUCUUGUCAAAAAAAUUGCAACAAGGAAACAAAUUGUAUAUACGUUGGAUGGAGAAAUAUACUCUGUGCAAUCAUAUGGCAUUAAGGUAUAUAUAAAAUAACACUAAUGUAAUACAAGUUUUAAGUAAAUUUGAUUUCUAAUAUUUUCAUACAAAUUUUUGUAUGCAUAACAUUGAUAUCAGAUAUACUGUUUAUGAGUAGUGGAUACUUAUUUCAGCUAUAAGGAGUAGGUGUAAAAUAUUAAAAAUAUUGUUGUUAAAAUAAAACCUAAACUAUAAUGAUAAGAAGAAAAAAACAAAAAUCAAAUUCACUUAAAAUAUUCUGAGAAAAUUGGUGGUUCUUAUUAAAAUAAUCACAUUGUAUACAUAUAUUUUAACGUUAACUGAAUAGUUUUAUUAAUUUGUUUUAAUGCAAUUAGAUUAGGUAUUUUUACUUGUAAUAAUAAAUCAGUAAAAACAGUUUGAAUGAAGAUUAUUUAGCAUUAUUUAAUAUAAUUGUACAUUUUUAUGUAUUUUAGUAAAGUUCUGAAAAUAAAAUCAUUCAUAAAACAUUGUUUUUGGUAGAUUUGAUAACAAGUUAAUUUCAACACACAUUUUUAUUUUUUUCUCGCAUUUAUCAUAGUAAUUUUCAACUUUGAAAAACUAACCACAAAGUCUAAUAAUAAACAUAUUAUUUGUGUUAAAUUACACAUCUGUAAAGUUACCCUUCAGUUAUAUUUACUUUUGGGAUGUACAAUUGUAACAAAAAAGUAAUAACCAUAAAAUGAAAUACUAAAUUCUGGUUUAUAAAUGUUCUAAAAAAUUCAAUUAUUUUAAAAUAUGUUAUAUACAACCUUAUAAAAUCUUGUCUUAUAAAUUUGUUGAAUUUAAUUAAUAUAUUAGAAAAUUCAAGUAACAUUUUCAUAUUUGGUGCAAUUUGGUUAUUUUUUUCAAUUUACUCCGAUUUUCCUUAAUAAAUUUAUAAUCAUUACUUCAUCAUGUUUAAUUUAUUUAAUUUUUUCAUACUGACCAUUAUUAUUGUCUAAUAGAAUUAAAAAAUAAAUGAUUUUAUAUUUGAACGGUUUUAUUAAUAAUUUCCAAUAUUAAUUACAUUAUGUUUUAUUUAUACAGAUCACAAUCAUUGACUUUACAUUGAGUAGAAUGACGUAUAAUAAUAAAUGUAUUUACAAUGAUCUCUCUGUAGAUUUUGAACUUUUUAAUGGGGUAAUUGAUGACACAAGCGAUUAUCAAUUUCAUAUAUAUCCCAUGAUGCGAGAAGAAAAUAAGUAAGUAUAAUAAUUUCGAUUGAUAGUUGGGUUAUGUUUUGAAAAUAAAUAAAAUUAAUUUUUACAGCAAUAAAUGGGAGCUAUUCAAACCUAAAACAAAUAUAUAUUGGCUUCAUUAUGUGUUGGAUAAAAUGUUGACUUCUGUACACUAUAAAAACACAAAACAGUCUAUUCACAAAACUGGACUGGAUAAUUUGCAAAAAUUAAAAGAUGCAAUAUUAUCAUUUGAAAGUGUAAAACUUUUUUCAGAAAGUGAUAUAAUUUUGAAUUUUUUGAAGUGA